CUUUUAAACGAAAGAAACGAACACAUUAAGCGGCAUAUCUAAAUCUGAGAGAUAAAAAAAUGGCGAUUGAUUCGAUGCAAAAAACAAACAAGCUUCGAUGGGGAGAAAUUGACGAAGAAGAAGACAACUUUGAUUUCCUUCUUCCGCCUAAGCAAAUGAUUGGUCCGGACCAGAACGGUGUAAAGAAAGUGAUUGAGUACAAGUUCAACGACGAGGGCAAAAAGGUCAAAAUCACUACCACGACCCGCGUUCAGAAGCGAGCUCUGACCAAACAAGCCGUGGAGCGACGGAGCUGGAAUAAGUUCGGAGACUCAGCCAAUGAGGAAGCCGGUAGCUACCUCACAAUGCGUUCAACAGAGGAUAUCAUCUUGGAACGAAUUAGAGCUCCUGGUAGCAACGCGGAACAGUCCACGAUAUCAGGAGAUAGCAUGUCUCAGCUGGGAAAACCGGGUGCGGUCCUCAUGGUCUGCAGGUUAUGCCACAAGAAAGGUGACCACUGGACAUCAAGAUGCCCACAGAAGGAUCUCUUAUCCUUAAUGGACGAGCCUUUAACAGCAGAAACUUCUACAUCGAGCAUAGCUGGAACUGGAACUGGCAAGGCUGCUUAUGUCCCGCCAAGUAUGAGAGAUGGUGCAGACAGAAAAGCUGCUGGUUCAGACAUGAGGAGUAGAAAUGAGGGGAACUCUGUCCGUGUGACUAACUUGUCUGAAGAUACCCGUGGACCGGAUUUGAUGGAGUUGUUUCGUCCGUUUGGUGCUGUAAACCGUUGUCAUGUAGCCAUACACCAGAAGGCGAGCAUGAGCAGAGGAUUUGGUUUUGUCAGUUUUGUCAGGAGGGAAGAUGCACAGCGAGCAAUCAACACAUUGAAUGGCUAUGGCUAUGAUAACCUCAUUCUUAGGGUUGAAUGGGCCACUCCUAAACCCAAUUAGAUCUUUUCAUUCUCUAAUUAUAAUAUUCUUUGUAAGAUGUUAAUGCAUAUGUAUUAUUGACUAUAAAUUCUCGAGAUAAAUUCAUGAUGUUGCUAACUUUCACUCGUAUGCAAGUUCCUACUAAA